AUCAUUAUCAUCAACGCUUCUUUUUUUUAUUCUCUCACCUUUGACAUCUAGUCUUAGCACUAACAAUUACUGUGGAUUGCCACUGGAUCUCACUGCUGCUUGAUCAGACCUCCUACGGGAACGGUGAUAUGAUGAAGCAUCUUCAGCAACAUGCAAUGCGUAUGAUUAACGUUUAACUCCCGGGUUUCUGCAUAAGUCGACAGUUCGUGCACCUGGCAGUGGAGCUCUCGCUUCCUAAACCGUUUAGGCGCUAUGAGCGAGAGAAUAAAAAGAUCUCCGGGAAAAGUUCAUAGAACGGCCGCCCUGCUUCAGAACUUGUAUCGCUUGCCUUUAAAUUUGCGUUCGAUUUGCGUUUCGUGUUCUUAUUACUGAGCAUUAUCCCUUGAAAUAUGUCCGCCGCUCACGAGAAAUCUGAUGCUGCGGUGGAAGAGAAGCAAGUCGCUCUCGGUUAUAACGUCUUGUCUCAAGUCAGUCAUGCAGAAGGCGUCGGGAGGGACUAUGAACUCAAGUGUAAUCUCAUCAAUAGAUGUUUUCAAGAAGAGAUUGGCUUUGGUCGCUACCAAUGGCAGCUUUUUGUUAUUACUGGUCUAGGAUGGCUCGCAGACAAUCUCUGGCUACAAGGUUUGGCGAUUGUUCUUCCCCAGGUACAACAGGAGCUUAAUCCGGUUCGGGUCGAGUACGCUGUCCUGGCAGAGUUCGCUGGAUUGAUUGUUGGCGCCACAACAUGGGGCAUCAUGGCUGACCUUAUCGGAAGACGAUUAUCUUUCAAUAUUACACUCUUUCUCGCCGGUCUCUUUGGAUUGGCAGCAGGAGGUGCAUCGAAUUUUGUGACAUUUUGUUCCCUUAUAGCAUGCAUGGGCUUUGGAGUCGGCGGAAAGUGCUGGACUUUAACUCUUCUAUCGGUCUGGUGGGCGUUAGGACAAUUGGUAGCAUCUUUGAUCAGUUGGGGUUUCAUUGCCAACUUCUCCUGUAACCCGUCGAUACCAAGUGGCCAGUGCGCCAAAUCUGCCAACAUGGGAUGGCGAUACACAUUCGGGGCUUUGACGAUCUUGAUGUUCAUAUGCCGCUUCUUUGUGUUCGACGUGCAGGAGUCAUCGAAAUUUUUGGUGGCGCAAGGUCGUGACGAAGAAGCCAUCAAGGUCUUGGGACACAUUGCAAAGCGUAACGGUAGAACUAUUACGCUCAAACUCGAAGAUCUGCAGGCAAUAUCUGGUGACACAACGUCCAAGCCAGUACCGAAUUUGUCGACUAACGUCCGGAAUGCCUUUUCUGGAAUGUCGCUCUCGCAUAUCCGUCCGCUCUUUUCUAGCAGGCGCUUGACGAUUAACACGAGCCUUAUCAUCGUCAUCUGGGGAUUAAUUGGCAUCGCAUACCCACUCUUCAAUGCCUACCUCCCACUUUAUCUUUCCGCAGAAGGUUCAGCAUCCGGUUCGUCAAGCGUGAGCGAGACAUAUCGCAACUACUCGAUCGUAUCCGUCCUUGGCGUCCCCGGGUCUCUCAUUGCCUGUGCGACGGUAGAUUAUACUCGUGGCACUGGUCGGUGGCACAUAGGGGGACGGAAACUUGUGUUGGCUGUGUCGACCAUGCUGACUGGACUCUUCCUCUUCUUGUUCACAACGAGUAAGACGACAGCUGCAGUACUCGGAUAUUCUUGUGCUUCAGGUCUUACCCAGUGCAUGUAUGGAGUCUUGUAUGCGUAUGCUCCUCUCAUCAAGAUUGCCACAACACCGCUCAAUGGCAGUGUAUCAGCAAACACGGCAAAUGGUCCUGUCUUUGUAUCUGCUGCGUUAUUUAUGGUUGCAGCCGUCUUGACGGUAUUGCUUCCUAUCGAAACUGCGGGUAAGAUGGCUUUAUGAGUCUCAUGUACACGACAUAUUCCAAU